UGUUUAGAUCUCAGAAACAAGCAACCUAAUGUUUUAUUUCAAUGACUUUGUGGUGUGGGAUGAACAUGCCUACAAAGUAUCUCUGAAAAGACAAAUAUAUGUAAAAGGGGCAUUUCGGAGUGGUACUAAACGUUGAAAAUUGGCUGGAACCUAACAUGUGGGUUGAGAAACUCAACCAUGAUAAUCGCUAUUUGAGUUUUCUGGACCCGCUUUUGCCGCUACUGGGUGAAUUUCCGAAUCUGCACUAAGUAAAACUCACAGAAACCUCUCUUUACCACAUACUAAUUUACCCCCUUCAAUACGGCUGGAGUAUUCAUCUGAAAACCUUAUCUCAUUUUCGAAGAAGUCGUUAUAGACUCUAUGGCCUACUUUCAUUGGUGUCUUGAAACUAACUUCCUUGAUUUUGAAGAAAAAGUUAACUGCAUUUUCCAACAAGCUUGUGCAAUUUAAACACCCAUUUUGCGCAUGAUGUUCCAAGGUGGGGCACAGCUGAGGUUCACGAAGCGUCUUACUCAAAGAGAAGUAUAAGGGGGAAAUUAAUUCAGCAUGUUGGAGUAAGUGGGUCCACUAUAUAGGAAAAGUAAAGCGACUUUUGGCCUAUUUUGUAGAGGUUUCCUUGCAGCACGCACAUUUGUAAGAGUAUUGAAAAAAUAUUGAAUCGUGUGUAAACCGCGCUGAAUGUUUGACUACCAUCUAUUAGGACCCUCUGGCCUAAGAGGACAAAGUGUCGAGGGUACACCAGCUUUUGUUUGAGUAUUGAUUUAAUUCAAUAGUCACGAUUAUCAUGCCGAAGAGCGAUGUCUCUAGAUAAAUAAUGAGAACGUUAUAAAAGUAUAGCUGCAGUUUAAUCAAUCAAUGAAAUGUGAACUGACGACGUAUUCCAUGACUGUGAUACCCCUAUCUCCUUAAUGUUCAUUGACAUUAAGGGCUCAUUUCAGCGAAUCCAUCAGUUCAAGGAUUACGCUAGACAUUUUCCCAACUUCAGUGGUGAAGAAGGCACGGAUUACAUUUAGUUACGAAGUAGUGAAUGUGCUAAACACAGUGGAAUAGCAGUACCUGGCAAGCCUGUGAUUUCGCUGAAUGAACAUCAGUUUUUAUUUUUUGUAGGAAUAUUGUGUUCCUAAUUUACGUUAAAGACUCCCUUGGCAAACUGAAAAGGAUGCACUCUAAUGAGAUGGCACUGAACGAUUUCAUCGCAACAUAGCACUUUAUUUUUGAUCCAACUGCCCUCAAAAUUCUUACAGCGUGUUAAACCUUUAUUAACAUAAAGUAUCGCCCCUUAGAUAGCUCAAGGGUGUCAUUGAUGCGAUUUACUCCCCGAAGGCCAAAGAUAAUGUCAAUAGGCCUGAAAUGUGGGGAAAUAUGGAGGGUAACAUAUGGACACUUAUCCAACCUAGCGCCACCCCUUACAAAGGAUCAUCUUCAAAUGACCCCCAGCACGGCCUAGGGAAUCUGCCACUAUAGCGUAGAGGACAAUGCUCUCACACUGUUCACCAAAGUAUUUCAAGACAACAUCCACAAAGAGUCACACCGAAUAUAGAAAAGGGCAGGUGGAAAUCCAUCCUCGGGCUUAUUUGGUCGAAGGUAUCAAACAAACGACCUUCUCCAAGCAAGAUCAACCCACUUCAGUUUUUGUGUUUGGAAGUCAAUUGCUUACACGAGCAAAAUGAAUGAGUUGAUGUCGUAACGUACCCCUAUGAUAAAGAAGGUACUAUGGAUUUCAACGAGGUUGGUAUUCAAGCCAUUAAUUCUGAAUUGGUACUCGUCAUGAAGCUUAUCUAACCUUGAGUAAAGAUGGACCCCAAGACCAGAUUUGGAAAAAUUAGAUUUAAGGAUUUUGACCAUAUUUUGUUUAAUCUUUAUUCAAGCCAACGCGGACAUUAUUUAUUUAUUUGCCACUAUAAGCUAAAGUGCUUCUUUGAUAAAACACUAAUCAGAAUGAUAUAGCGAAUAACGAGUAGUUCAUCCCCAUUGUGUGUACUAUAGUCUCACCUAAGGAUAGAUGGACGUCAUUAAAGAGGCCGAAUACCAUCACUGUUCUAGAAAUCCAGCACAUUAUGCAUUUAAAACCUUCUAAAUUUCUAAACCAUGAAAUUGCGAAAUAAAUUUGUUGAGAUGAGUGGAGUGUUUUUUCCUUUAGCGUCAAUCAUAUACAGUAUUUUACUAUAACUCGACAUUACAUAGGAGACAAUACAAGUUUUAUUUUUCACAAACCCUUGUUAUGAGUCAAAAGGAUUACACUAUGUAAGUCUUUUGUAUAUGUUAAGAUCCGGUUACUUUUAGUAUAUUUUUCUGUCAAAUAACUGAUUUUUUUGUCUUCAAAAUAUUUCAACAACCUUUAACUCUCUUAUUCUUUUGAAGAUUCUUGUGAUCUAUUCUAAAAGAGACAGCUGUAGAAAAGGGAGGGUUCCUCAAUUAAGCCAUAAUCAUGAUAAGGAAUAAUGGGUGAGUUCUUGGAUUCUCUUCCAUCAUCAAUAAUUUCAUGCACCAACAUCGGUUCACUAAACAAAGCCAAAAAAAUUGAUGACCUAAGCUAUAGCGAUGUCGCAAAGUGUUUUAUGUACGCUCGCCGAAGUAGUAUACAUACACAGCCAUUACCCACCAGUCCUAAGGAAAUAAAAAAAGCAUUAUGUAUAUUAAACGACGCUCGUUGUUAUGAAAUGAAUACGUUUUUUAAGGGCUACAUGCAUCUCCAUGAGGACAUACCGGACUCCAUUCUCGACGCGAUUCGUACCCAGUGUGUUAAUUUGGAUUGCAAGACGGCUUUUCAGUACCAGAUGCAGGCAUUUAAUGUGCUUUGCAAUGAAAUACGUGCAAAAAGUUCUGCCAUUACUCUUAAUCACAAGUUGUGCAAUUCUUCAUAUUUGCUUAAGCUGCGUCAGAUCCUUCCGGCCAUGAAAUAUGUACCGAAAGUUUCUAUUAAACAAUGCCAUUUUAGGUUUAUAGGGACGCUCUCUUCGGACCCCGCCUUCAAUCAACGUGUCUUUGUAGCGAGCAUAAGUUUUCGAAACAAUGGACAACGGGCUCUCACGCUAAAGGUGACCCAAAUCCAAAUUAUUCUUGACGGGGUCAAGACUGAGAGCAAGUCUUUUCAGGGCUCUGGCGACAGUUAUAGGCUGAUACAAGGGGAGUCGAUCGACCUAGAUUUGUCCAUCAAAGAAGUCACACAACCAAAUUUCACCGAAUUCCAGCAGAUUCUUGUGAUCACCAUCAACGAAGUUUUAAAGGUUUUUGUAACGUUUUUUGUUUUGUCACCCAAACAGCGACUUUUUCAGCAACGUUUCCCUUCCUGUAUGGUGUUGAAAGUUGUUAACUCCCCUCUCGGCGUCUACACGUCUCCACUCAUGCUUCAAAUUUUUAAACACGUUCUAAUCUUGAAGAAAGGGCUUUCCAGCCCGGCUGUUAUGCAUCUUAUGAUGGAUAAGUCCACCCAUUAUCGAUCCCAAAAUCGAGAAACAAUGCUUGAAGUCCUCCGCAUCAAAAAGCUCUUACAAGAGCAACUCGACCUUUCCAAAGUAUUGGAUCAUUUUUGGAGCUCAUUCCAGGGUAUUGAGAGAGUACCCAUAGAACGACGCUACAAGUUGCCCCCAUCCUCGGCCCAACCUCAUGGCUAUUCUCCCGCAGCGGACUCGCCCGCUUUCGGGGUUUCGAUGGGGUAUGAUUAUUUGUUUCCUAACAGGCAAACAUGGCUCCCAGAUUGUCUGAUCAACGCACCACCAGAGGUGUCAAUGGGCUUAAUUUUGCUUUGGCUGGCCGAUAUGGACGAGAACAUUUUUGAGGCGCCUUUGGGUACUGGGGACCCGAUCGCGUAUUUCGUGAACAUGCCGGCCCACCGGCGCGGGGUGAUUCUGUGGAUCCUCGAUCUGUGUUGUGCUUUAAUUCAUAACAGUGCGAAGAAUGGCGCAACAGGACGCGGCCUCGCGCUUACUUUUACCAACAUUCUAAUGCGAAAAACAGCAGCUUUCAAGGCUGCAGGCUUGGGGGCCCCUGACGGCACCCUACCCGAUACGACAGUUUACUUUAUUGGAUCCUCUUUUUUGUCAGAAGUUGAAAAACGACAGAGUGGUGUAACCAUUUUUCUUCAUUGGCUAAAAAUAUAUGCUUAUCGCUAUGAAAGGGCAUUGUAG